UAUCUGGUGUGUAAAAGGAAACUUGAAAGUAAAAAGGAGGCAUUGCUAAUCCUUUCCAAAGAGCUGGAUACCUGUCAGCAAGAAAGAGACCAGUACAAGCUUAUGGCCAACCAGUUGCGGGAACGACACCAGUCUCUGAAAAAGAAGUAUCGGGAGCUGAUUGAUGGGGAUCCAUCCCUUCCACCUGAGAAGAGGAAACAGGCAAAUCUUACUCAACUACUGAGUGAGGCUCAAGAUCGAAAUAAACAUCUUGCAGAAGAGAUUAGAGAGCUUCAGCAGAGACUGGGAGAAGUACAAGGGGACAAUAAGCUUCUUCGAAUGACAAUAGCAAAGCAGAGGCUUGGAGAUGAUGAAGUUGGGGCUCGGCACUUUGCAGCACAUGAACGGGAGGACCUUGUUCAGCAGUUGGAGAAGGCCCGAGAGCAAAUCGAGGCUCUGAGACAUGAUCUUCAGGCUGCCCUGGAUGAGUUGCAGGAUGUGAAGGAGGAACGCUCUUUUUACCAAGAUAAGUCUGACAGACUAAACCAAGAACUUAAUCAUGUCUUAGGAGGGCAUGAAAACCGUAUCAUUGACGUAGAUGCUCUAUGUAUGGAGAACAGGUAUCUUCAAGAGAGAUUAAAACAACUUCAAGAGGAAGUCAACCUUCUUAAGUCUAGUAUUACUAAAUAUAAGAAUGCACUAGAGAGACGAAAAAAUUCAAAGACCCAUGGUAGAUCCGGUAGCAGUGCUCUGACUGGAGUCUUGUCUGCAAAGCAAGUCCAAGAGCUGUUGUCAGAGGAUCAUGGAUGCAGCCUACCAGCCACACCACAGUCCAUUUCAGAUCUCAAAUCACUGGCCACUGCAUUGCUGGAAACUAUCCAUGAAAAAAACAUGGUCAUACAACACCAAAGGCAAACCAACAAAAUUUUAGGUAAUCGAGUGGCCGAACUAGAAAAGAAAUUAAGAACUUUGGAAAUUGCUGGCUUAUGGAGUCUUCCAGGCCUGAGCUACAAUGUCUCAGUGGGAUUUGGGAGUGGAAAGGAUACCAUAACAUUCAGUGACCCAACCUUGCCUGUUUUACAGCGGUCCAGGUCACCGUUGUUGGCCUUUACUGAUAAGCCACAGAAAACUGAAGUACAAGCAGAACAGAAGGGAGAUCGUGAUGAAACCUGUGCUGUUGCAAGCGAGUCCCUGGCUCCAGAGGGAACAAACUUAAAUAACAGAAACCAAAAUAAACAUUUUUAUCCUUCAUUACCCCAGCUACCUUCCGAGGAAGAAGAAAUAAACAAGCUUGGAAGUCAGAUAAUUAAACUGACAGAGCAGACAGCUGCAGAACUGGAAGAGAAAAGAGCAGGCGCUUCUGCAGGGGAGCAGAACACAGAGGUUGGAACAGAGCUCAAUGGUUCAUCCAAGACAGAGUUCCCGCUUUCCCGCCCCGAGUCAUCUGACCCCACAGAUCCCUCACACUUGGAGAAUGAACAAACAGCUGAAACGGAGGCCCUGAAAGACCACGAUGAAACCUCAGAGAGCGAUUGUGAAAUUACAAAUGAGAGAGGGGAUCGAAAUAGCAGCACUGUGGAUGUGGUGCAUACUGAGGACCCUGGAAGGUGCAUUCGUGUAACCCUUUCAGUGUCUGUCUGCAGGCAGUAA